AUGAAGGCUGCAAGGUAUUCUACUUCGCGUCAAAAGGCUUGUAAUAGUUGUUCAGCCGCGAAGGCGAAAUGCGAUCGCAAAGCAGGGCGUUGUACUCGCCCCAUCAAUGUGGACGAUAUUAGCAAUCGCUGGCUACAUCCGUACAUCCCCGUCAUCGGUCAGAAGGUUAAGCAAUAUCCACCUACCAUCACGUCUCUUAUCUAUAGGCUUCUCAAGUCGUAUGUUGCCGUCGCGGUUCGUGGUCGCGGAGUUCCGCCGUUUAUACAUGCCUCGCAGGUGAUGAGCACAUCAACAAGCCCGCCGCUUUCAACUUGUCUGAGUCUGAUUCGCAUCUGCGAAAACCCCUUGCCUGGCAGUGAGGGGGUGGCUGCGGACGUAUUAGGACGAGAGAUGAGCAACCUCUACGAGCAAUACGCAGCAUACGAUAAUGUUACUCAACUUGCAGCCUUUCAAGCGUAUAUGAUUUACUCCAUGGUAUUAUUCUUUAGGCUCGCUCAGAUAUCUGGUCCAUAUCUUCGACAAGCGAUGAUGAACCUCCAACAACUUGCAUGCUCAAGCAGUCGAGGAGGGCUUAUGUGCAUAGCGGAACAGCAACAUGCUCGACCAAAAUGGGAAGCCUGGAUUGUCGCAGAGGCGAAGCGACGGACCCUUUACGCAAUGUAUCUCUUCGACAGCGUGCUUUCGACUCAAGACGGUCUCCAGACAUUCCUGGGCACAGAGCUCCAGGGCUUACCCGCGCCAACAAGCAAGCAUCUAUGGAGGGCCCAGACACGGCAAGAAUGGGAAACAUCAUACAACAUUUAUCUAGCAGAUUGGUUAGAGGAGGCCCUUCGUAUUGACGAACUUUGGCCAAUGCCUGCGGAUCUGGAUGAGUCUGGUCGGCUUGAAAGACGCAACCGAGUGGAUACCUGGCUGGAGAACGUCGAUGAAUUCGGAACAAUGAUAUACGCAGUAACCAGUUGCACGCAUGGAGCUCCGGAAGAACCUUACAGCAUAUUCGACAAACGACAGAAAGCCUUGAUAAUCCUCGUCGUAUCAACAGCAGCAACAUUCUCUGGUUUUGCGUCGAACAUUUAUUUCCCCGCGCUCCCUACGAUUGCUCAUGACCUGGACAUAUCAGUGGAGCUCGUCAACCUCACGGUGACCUCGUACCUUAUCUUCCAAGGUUUAGCGCCUAGCCUCUGGGGCCCUAUUUCCGACGUUAGAGGUCGUCGGGUUGCCUACUGCUGCACCUUUCUGGUGUUUCUCGCCGCAUGCGUCGGUUUAGCAGAGGCGAAGAAUUAUGCCACUCUGAUCAUACUAAGAUGUUUACAGAGCACCGGCAGCGCGAGUACGAUCGCGAUUGGGUCAGGCGUGAUCGGCGAUAUCACCACUCGCGCCGAACGUGGAGGUUUCAUGGGCAUAUUUCAGGCUGGACUGCUUGUGCCUGUAGCUGUUGGUCCGGUGAUUGGAGGCGCUCUGGCGGGAUCUUUAGGGUGGAGGGCAAUCUUCUGGUUCCUGACCAUAUAUAGCGGCGUCUUCUUAAUUUUCUUGAUUAUCCUCCUCCCGGAAACUCUGAGAUCGAUUGUUGCGAAUGGAAGUCGAACGCCAUCCAGCCCAAUCGCCAGUUAUCCUUUACGUGUUUACCAGAAACUCACCACGAUCCAAUGGAAUCCAGAAGCGCCUAACUCACAGCCCGCCGCGAGGAAACGCAUUGAUGUGACCGGCCCUCUUCGCAUCCUUGUCAGCAAACACGCUGCUCCCAUUAUCAUCUUCCUCGCUAUCUACUACGCUGUCUGGCAAAUGAGCAUCACAGCCAUGUCGUCCCUUUUCGAAGAGCGAUAUGGCCUCACCGAAACCCAAAUCGGCCUGACGUUUAUCGCCAACGGCGCGGGAUCCAUGAUCGGCACGCUCAUCACCGGCAAGAUCCUCGACAUCGACUACCGCCGCGUCAAAGCGCAACAUGAAGCCCGCUCCACCCAGACAAACGUCGGACUGUCGAACGGCCUAGUCCGUCCCGCCACUAACUCCGAGGAUUCCUUUCCGCUGGAAAAGGCGCGCCUUCGGUUGGUCCCGGUCUUCUCUUUCGUUCAGUGCCUGUCUAUCAUUCUUUUCGGCUGGACGAUUCAAUAUCCUGAACAUAUCCAUAUUGUGGUGCCGAUCGUGUCCACAUUUAUCACGGGCUGGACUGCCGUUUCCACGCAGUCUGUCGUCAUGACCUACCUCGUCGACAUCUUCUCCGACCGGAGCGCGGCUGCUAGCGCAAGUUUGAACCUCGCCCGAUGCCUAUUCGCCGCCGGUGGCACGAGUUUCAUAAUGCCCAUGGUAAAUAGCAUCGGUGUUGGGCUAGCGUUUACGGUCUGUGUGAUCGUUCAAGCUGUUGCGUUGUUAGGCGUGGCUGUCCAAUGGAAGUUUGGUCCAAAGUGGAGGAGGGAGACAGAGAGGGCCGAAAGAGAGAAGACUCAAGGUUAA